UUUGAACUUUGGGUUGAGUCUGAGCCACCGAGCUGCAGCAACAGCUGAGAACAGCGGUGACAGCAGCGGAGGAGGGUGUCCAGCUGACUGUCCAGCUCCCCUACUUCAGUCUGAGCUCUCUGUUUUGUAGUUACACAUUAUGUCUUUCAUUCUCACGAAGAAAAAGAGAUUUAAAUUUAAAAUAGACUUUGACUUGGAAGAACUGUCGUCAGUUCCCUUCGUGAACGGAGUUCUGUUUUGUAAAGUGAGACUCUUAAAUGGAGGCUUUGUCGAGGAGUCGUCUCGGGAACCCGUCCAAGCCAACUCUGUGCGCUGGAUGAAGAGGUUCUCGUUCAUAUGUAAAAUGAGUGCCAAUGCUACCACAGGUGUGCUUGACCCUUGUGUGUGCCGAGUGUCUGUGCGCAAGGAAUUGAAGGGUGGGAAAAGUUUUGCAAAGCUGGGCUUUGCUGACUUGAAUCUGUCAGAGUUUGCUGGGUCUGGCAGCACUGUACGACGGUGUCUCCUAGAGGGAUAUGACACAAAGAACAGCAGACAGGACAACUCAAUUCUCAAGGUUGUCAUCACCACACAACUGAUGUCUGGAGACCCCUGCUUUAAGACUCCACCAUCUACAGCCAUGACUCUGGGAGUCCUGCAGGGUGAAGCCGAGUGUCUCCUUGAGGACAGAAAAGGAGGGGACAUACAAGUGUCCCACUUUGUUACUGAGAAAGUAAAGCCAACAUCAGUCCCAGAGGAGCUGUUAGCAUAUGGUCACUCUAGGACACCCAGCUAUGCAAGUCAGUUGUCUAAAAUUUCAGGUUAUAGUUCGAACAACUCAAGUUCAACAGAUCUAAGCCAUCGGCGAACUGGCUCAGGGGGGUCUGCUUCUACAGGCAUCAGUAGCAUAGAACCCAGUGAUCAGCAGGGGGAGAGGGGAGAGAAGGAAAGCAGGUCCACUCCCUCCAUCUCUCCAUGUGAAAAUUCUUCCACCCCCAUGAAGGUUUUAAGACACCCAGUGAAGCAAAACUCAGUGGAGAAUCAGCUGAAGCGAGUUGAUGCAACCAGGGUGGACGCUGAUGACAUAAUAGAGAAAAUCCUGCAGGGCCAGGAUUUCAGCCACAGCGUCUUGGAUUCCAGUGCAGAGGAGGAGGGGCUCAGCUUGUUCGUUGGUCCUGGUGGGAGUACAGCCUUAGGAAGCCAGCAUUCGAGGGUCGUGACUGGAGCUUUUGAGCAGGUGGUGAUCAAGGGGUAGGCUUUAAGAAGCAUAUGUCUGACACAAGAAGGGCUCUAUUUCUCUGGUGUGGGGGCCACAAGAACAGGCUGUGGAUGUGCCAUCAGAACUUGCUCCCGUCUCACUCCAUGAGAUUUAAUUGCUCUUAUGCAAUGCCUCCACACGUUCUCCAGUGUCUGUUGGCCAUGGCAGCCCCCUAGUGUUCAAGAGGUGGAGCUGAUGGUCGCAUUAAAAACAGACUGAGAAAACUGCUGAACACACAUCUCUUUUUGGUCUUCAUGUUUUCUGUAAGGACACUGGAUUCAUACUGUAUGUAUUCUGCUUUCUUAUUUUGAUAGCAAUUAAAAAGUAUGUUAAUGCAUCCCAUGUGUCCAUACACUCAGCCAGAUACAACUAUGAUUCAGUUUCAUUGUAAGCAAAAAGAAAAACUUUCUGUACUGAAAGGACUUUAUGUAAUAACUGACAAAGCGUUCAUAGCUGCUCAUCUUAAACUAAAGGAAACACAUUAAGAUAAUGUGUCACUUUUUCCCAUUUGGACAAUUUUAUUUUAUUUAAGAAGAGAAUCUCAGAUGACUGCAGUUGUUUUAGAAACUGUUCUAUUAUUAAUUCUAAAAUAAUUUGUAGUACAAUAGUUGUCUGAAUUAGAGGUUUGGUGGGGGUAUUGUUAUGUAUUCCCGUGUAUUUAGAAGUUGAGAAAACUGACAGCACAAUACAUUACAUCUAAGGACCUUCGCCCAUAAUAAAUAAAAACCUCUGUUCACCUGGUUGUAAAGGAGAAUAAGAGCGUUUAAAUACCAUUGGGUUAGUAUAUGUUGCUAAUGAAGUAUGAAAUCUGUAUGUUUGUGUAUUCUAUGUAUGUAUAUUCUGAUAUAUGUGUGGGUGUGUUUUGUAAAAUUAAAAGUAAUGGAUUAAUUUUUACCCUUUUUUGUGCCAAAGUUUAAUGUAAAAGGAGUAACAUGUAUAUUUGUUUCUACAUUAAGUCACAUCAAUAGUUUGUAUGCAAAGUUCCAGAAAUAAUCCUGGACAGAUUUUUAAAUAAAUAAUAUAUGUGCACAUA